UUUGUGAAAGGUUUUAAGUUUAAAACUACGAAAAAAAAAAAGACUAGCAAAACACAAGAGUGAUUUUCUGCAUGUUCUAUAUUUUUGAAUUUCUUUAUUUCUUUAUUUAUUCUCCCAUCGAUUUUUCCAUUUCAUGUUAAGGUCUCCUGAAGAUUACCAAAUGAAGGCUAUAGAGCUACAGGCAAGGUUACCAUGGUAACUGUUGCUUUGCCUCAAGACCCCUGUGCUUCUCCCUGAACCUGUUAGAUGAAGCAGUUAAUACAAACCAUCCUUCACCAGCACAGUUAUGCCUCAUUUCCUGUCUUCCCUUUAAAUGCCACAGGACAAAAGAAGACCUUGGGUUGUCAGUACCUGGACGCACGCAAGCGACCCAUUCCGUACUACCGGCCUAGCCCGUCUUCACACAGCUCACAGAGCAGCGACUCGGCCCACAGUCGAAGCCGGAGCCGCAGCUAUGACAGUGGCAGCAGCUACAGCCGCAGCAGGACUCCGAGCCGCAGCAGGAGUAGAUCGCGGACACAGAGCCGCAACCACAGCCACAGCUACUACAGCCGGAGCAGCUCUGAGAGCGCCGGCUUCUAGAACUCCAACCACAGUCUCCAGGGGAACCAGCAUUCCACAGUCGCCCAGCUCCCUCUGAAUCGUAAACAAAGAGCAGUGCGGGCUUUGUUUCAUUAUAGCAGGAUAGAAAAUUCUCUGUGGUUUCUCCUCCCCUCCUUUUUUUUUCUUGGAACCAGGAAUAACAAAAUAUAUUUUACAUUAAUAACUUAUCAUACUGAUUGACGUUGUUCGGUAAAAUCUGCGGUUCUUUCCAAUCCAGUAAGUUACUGAGGACCCUGAAGAACGAAAGCAUGUUUAUCAUAGCCCGUAUUAUUAUAAAUGUUAUGAUGUGGUCUUGUCUCCAGGAACAUGUAGUAAAUCCAUUCCCUGAAGAAGUCAUUGCUGCGUGCAUCCAGAACAAAAUGAACUGGGCGCAAUGAAAAUGUAAAGAUUCCCUUUCACUUUGUGUGGGUUGGUGUUUCGCUUCCUUUGUGAUUAUUCCUUUCCACUGUCCAGAUUCCAGUCUGUUUGGUGCUUAAACUCAACACUGUACCCCACAGGGACUGAAGGUCAAGGUGUCACAACACCUCAGCAACAAAAAAAAAUCUUCCACAUAGCAACAAGAACCAAAAAUUGGUAACUUCCUACAAUGAAAAGGCGGAAGAAAAAUGAACGUUUUUCUCUUUGAUGGCCGGUGAAACUUUCUAAAGAAGAACAACCAGGAAACAACAUCUGAUGAUUAUGUAAUUGACUAGAAUAGGAUUUCUUUUCAAGGCUUAAAAUGUUUGUUUGAGAGGCAUCUCCUAAAAAGGUUGGAAUUAUCUGUUCUGAUUAUAAACUAUGCACUGUAAAUACCAUAUUAUUUAAGAGGUAUAUCUUUUGAUGCUCUCAGCAUGUUGUGCUAGCAAAGGAACAAGUAAUUAUGUACAGAACUGUGGAAUGCCCAGCACUUCAUUAUAAUUAAGAGAUCAGAGACUUUUAAUGAGAGGAUUUGAAUUACACCAGCCAUAAAGAAAUGCAGUACACCACACCACACCACACCAAUAGCCAAAUUGAUAUUGGCUUGUGUGCUAGCACUAUGCAUCUCUACAAUUUUGUUAAAGAAUGAGAACAUUAGUAAACACAGACUGUGAAUGCGGUCCACAGAUUACACUUACAGUCUGCUGCUCACUCUACAUUUCUGUAGUUUGAUCAAAUGCAUUUAGGGCAGAGGCAAAUCUGUGCUUUACCGGCACAUCCUAUCACCACUAAUGUAAGUACUCCAUUCCCACAACGUGAAGCGUGCGUGGAACCAGGAAUGGGUGAGAAGAACACAAUACUAUUUUGAUCUUAUGUUUCAAGCAGCAGUUGUUAUUGCAUUCCUAGUAUUGAAGGGUUUGUUACCUUCGGAGAUGAGAAGUCGCUACUUGACAUUAUUGGUUACUCCUAUCCUCAGUCAGUUCUCAUAUUUUGUAGUUUGCGUGACUAAGCUUAUUUUGCUUCCAGUGUUUACUCUAUAUGCCCUGUUGCUGUAAUAAUGUGUUUUAAAUCUAAAUCAACUUAGCUGAAGAUACCCACUUUAUUUCCCAAAUGUUGACACAAUAUACAGCGGUGGGGGGAAAAAGGUUGAAAACACAAGCAGCUUCCUUUUCUUCCAAAGAAGUAGUCGGAUAAUUGAAAUCCCCUGUAGGAGAUGGAAAGGUGUUAAUCUGACAUCUAAUUGUCUGAGCUUGUGAAAGCUAUGUCUUGGGAACCUCUAGCCUUGUUUUGUGUGGCUGUACUCCAUUUUGACAUACUUGGCACGGUACUGAUAAAGUGUUUAUAUGCUUGGUGUUUGCUAGUGCGCUACCUUGAUUUGAUAUCCAGUUUGACAGGCAACAACCAAAAUGACUAUGUUUGGUAACCUAUGAAUCAGCCUAAAGGACAGUAAAUAAUCAUGAUGUGACAUGUUGGUUUGUCAUUUUUCCAUAACUGUGCAAAAAAAAAAAAAAAAUCAGAUAAUUCACUAUUAUACUGCUUAU